AUGGCUCGAAAUAAUUUUUAUAAAAACAAUAGAAAAAUUACACACACUUCAUCAUCGUCUUCAUCAAAUGAUCAAGCAAAUAAUCAUUCAGGAUCAAAUUCUUCAUCACAAACACAAAAUCGUCAUUAUGGAAAUCAUUCACCAGGAAAUAAAAACAAAAAAACUACCCAUAAUAAUAAAUCCACUAAUAAAAUCUCUACCGGUGAUUCUUCACUACAUAAUGAUAGCAUUCCCGCUUCAAAUGAAGAAAAAUUGGAUGAUAACACACGACAAAUCACCAUUAUAGAACCACCAAUAGUUCUUGAUGAUAAUAAUAAUAUCGAUCCAAAAGGCAAAAAACCUAUAAGAUAUAACAUCGAGGCUUCAUCUGAUAAAAAAAAUAAUAUUCAAAAUUCUAAUAAAAAGAAAGAUUCAAAAUUCAAACCUUCACCAGAAGAAAAUAAUGACGAUGUAUUGACUUCUAUCACAAACGGGCUUAGCACAUCGAAAUACGAGUGUAUGAUUUGUUGCGAAAGUAUCAAAUAUUACGACAAGACAUGGUUUUGUAGAGUUUGCUGGGCUGUUUUCCACAUUAAUUGCAUACAAAAAUGGGCCGGAAAGUCAAUAACAGAAAAAAAGGAUCUUGAAAUGGCAUAUUGGAGAUGUCCAGGCUGUCAAAAUCAAUUAAAUACAAUUCCUGAUAAAUAUUUAUGCUUCUGUGGUAAAAUGGAAAAUCCUCCGAAUAAACGUUGUUUCACACCACAUAGUUGCGGCCAAAAGUGCGGGCGAAAGCGCGAAAAAGUAGAAUGUCCUCAUACUUGUACAAGUCUCUGUCAUCCUGGUCCAUGUCCUACUUGUCCAGCUAUGGGUCCUGUUCAAUAUUGUUAUUGUGGUCGUGAGAAAUAUCAAUUCCGUUGUUCCGAUCCUAAUUAUUCCAGUCAAAAAUGUUAUUGUGGUCAAAGUGUACGUGAGGCUAAAUGUGAGGAAGGAAAUGCAACGACUUGUUACGAAAAAUCAAAUUCAAAGGAUGAUUCUUGGAUUGGAUACUUUUCUUGUGAAAAAAUAUGCAAUAAACUUUACGAUUGCGAGUUUCAUUCAUGUACUAAAAAAUGUCAUCCAAUCGGAGAGGUGGAGCCUUGUCCUUUCAAUCCAUCACGUUUAAAGUCUUGCCCUUGUGGAUCACGAACAAUAAAGGAAUUACUUGGUCGUGAAAGAACUUCUUGCAAAGAUGAAAUUCCUUUGUGUACGCAAAUCUGUGGAAAGCUAUUAGAAUGUGGUCAUGAAUGUCAAAGUACUUGCCAUCAUGGAGACUGCAAGUGUGACGUUCACAUACUUGUAAAAUGUCGUUGCGGCAGCACUGAAUUUGAUAGGAUUUGUUCAGAAGUGUCUGGUAAAAAUGAUAUUCAAGAAUUACUAUGCGAUAAAAUGUGUCAAGGUCUGAAAAGUUGUGGUAAACAUCAGUGUAAUGUAAAAUGUUGUCCUGCAGCUUCAAAACAAAAUCUAAAAGGCAAAACACCCGAAAGUUUUCAAGAUGAAUAUGACCACGAAGAAAUUCAUAAAUGUAAAUUUAUAUGUGGCAAAAAAUUAAGAUGUGGUAACCAUAAUUGUGAGCUUAAUUGCCACAAGGGUCACUGCAUGCAAUGCUUAGAAGCUUCUUUUGAAGAGUUAACUUGUUCUUGUGGAAAUACAAAACUUUAUCCACCCAUACCAUGCGGUAAGAAAUUACCAGCAUGUCAACAUCAAUGUAAUCGUACACAAUCAUGUGGUCAUAAUUCCGUCCCACAUUUAUGCCACGAAGAUGGGAAUUGCCCACCUUGUCCGUUUCUUGUUAGCAAAUUAUGUUCAUGUGGCAAAAGGGUUGUUAAUAAUGUUCCAUGUCAUCAAAGAAAUCCAUGUGGUAAACCUCGAAAAUCAUGUGGUCAUAAAUGUGAUGCAACCUGUCAUGCUCCCGCAAGAUGUCCUGAUGACAUUCCCUGCAAAGCCAAAAUUACAAUUAAAUGUAAAUGUGGCAACUUGUCUCAUGAAACAACAUGUAAUACAACCACCGAAAAUGCCGAAGAAAUGAAAAAUCGACGUUUGAAUUGUAAUGAUCAUUGUGCUGUAGUUGAAAGGAAUAGAAAAUUAGCAAGUGCUUUAGAAUUAGACGAUCGUGUCGGAGACGGAAACGCUCCAAAAUUGGUUCCAGAAUAUGAGGAGGAUUUAUUGAGUUAUUAUUCUUCAAACAAAGAAUGGGCAAAAAAUAUAGAAUCUAUGUUAAACAAUUUCAUAUUAAAAUCUGAAAAAAAAUUAUUAAAUAUGCCAGCGAUGAAAAAACUUCAUCGAAAAUUUAUACAUAACUUGUGCGUUCAUUAUCGAUUAGCAUCUGACAGUAUGGAUGUUGAACCAUAUAGAAGUGUUGUUGUGACGAAAAAAAUCGAUUCAUUAGUUCCAUCUGUCCUUCUUUCACAAGCUUAUACAAAUAAUUAUAAAUCUACCAAUCAAAGCCAAGCUGUCUCUUCCCCAUCAUCAUCAACAGCUCAACAGCCUGUAAGAAAAAACAAACAAGCAAUUAAUGCAAUAUAUCUUAGUGAACUAGAAUUUGGGAUUACUCAUGAAAAGCUUUGCAAGGAUUUAGAACCAUUGCUUAAAAAAACUAAGUUUCAAUUGAAAUGGGUCACAGAAAAAAAUGAUGCCAUAAUUUUACCAUCUGCUGGAUCCAUGCAUGCUGAUGAAUUCGAGACUUUUUUGGCCAAAAUAAAGCUUUUAAUCAAAGAUACCCUAAUUACGAAAGGAAUAGCUGAAUCGGCCGAAUUAUGUUGGGUUAACUCUAAAUAUGAAAUAACUUGGCAGGAAAAUAAAAAGUCAACCGUUUCCGGCGUUGGUAAUAAACCUUCUAAUGUAAUAGAAGUUGAUUUACAAAAUCAAUCAACAAUUCCUCCUUUUAUCUAUACGAACCCUUUUGACACACUUGCCAAGCAACCUUUUGAUGGAAAUGUUAAAAGUGGCGAAACCUCAAAAGCCAAGAAUCCCUCCGAUACAUAUAAUAGCAAGCAGCAAAUUUCUGAUCAAAAAGAUAAUGAAUCAAAAUCGAUUAUUUUAAAUAAUGAUGAUAUUGUAGAUAAUUGGGAGUUAUUAAACGUAUAUCCACUAUAA